AUGGCUGCUUGGAAUAAAAACAGUCGUGGUGAUCUGGAAAAUGAAUUAUUCGAUGGAUAUGUUACUGACGCUGUGAGUGACGAUGAAGAAGACAAAGAAUGGCAGAGUGAAAAUAUAAAUCAAAUAUUUAAUACAUGCGAUUUCGAUCGAUGCGGUUAUUUAGACAAGGACAAAUUACAACGUAUUUGUCCACAUCUAAAUUCGAAUGAAAUAGAUCUCAUAUUCUCCAAUUUAGAUACAAAUAAAGAUAAUAAAAUUAGUCUGUCGGAAUUUUCUCGUGGUUUUAAAGCACUUUUAAGCGAAUAUGUCAGUAAUGAAUUCUCGGCAAAAACAUCAUCUUUAAAUCAUAAAUAUUCUUCAUCAUUACCGUCCAUGUCUGUGACGAACGAAUAUUCACGUUUAUUUUCAAAUGAUAAACAAGAUGUACAUUCUCAAGUCAAUGAAGUCUUGGAUGAUUUGGCGUGCCAAGAACAAGUAUUUGAAUUUUAUGAUAUACUUCGAAAUGGUGAUGCAGCCGAAUCCGUUGAACAAUUUCGAAAUAUCCUUGAAAUAUUUGUUCGUGACAUAUCAAAAUAUCAGCAAGAAACUAAACGUCUUGAAGAAGCUUAUAAACGUGAAAAAGAGAACCAUGAUAAAUACUUGAAACAUAUUGAAGAAGAUUAUGAACGUGAAAUGCGUUUGUUAGAAGAAAAUACAAGGCAAGAGGAAAAAGAAAAGUUUGAUCAAGAACGUGAGUAUUUGAGACAAAAAUCAGCUAAAGAAAUUUCGGAUCUUCAAUCGAUGAUACAACGAAUGCAAACGAUAGAAGAACGAUAUACAGAAAUGAAAACUGGUGAAGAUUCGGCAAUGUUAUCAUUAAGAAAUGAAAUAUUAAAAUUAACACAGGAGAAUCAAACACUGAACAGUUCAUUAAAUGAAUCUAUAACAUCAAUUGCUAUACUUAAAAGUGAUUUAUCAGCAAUGAAAGGACAUUUAAAUGAUAGACAAAAUCUACUUUUACAUGAAGUGAAUAAAAAACUCCGUGAUGACAAUGACAGUUUAAGAGCAUCAAUCGAAAGUGUCAAAUGGAGUUCAUCACGUGCACCAUCAGAAAAUUUAUCACCUUCUGUACGAAAUCUUAUAUCUCGUAGUGGAUCCUGUAUAGAUAAAUAUUGGAACAAUAAAUCAACAAUUAACGGCUUACCUGCUCAACAACCGUUGAUGCUUCAUCCAUCACAUUUGGCUAUGAAUACAAAUAUAAAAUCGUUUGAUGAUGCUGCUGAUUCGGAUGAUUUAGGUAGAAUACAACCGCUCAAUACUCCUAUUAGUACUGCCAAUGAUAGUGGCUUUACAACGUUUCGAGAUACAGAAGUUGAUUCCGACCGAGAACAGCAAUCACAAUCAAGUGAACCAUUAAAAGAAGCACCAAAUACAUUGACAGAUUCUAAAAACUCUCUUGCUCCCACAAAAAAAGAUAAUGGAACUGAUUCCGAUGACGUUUUUGAUGAUGACCGUGCUUCUAGUCCAGGGAAAUGGAAACACCGUUGGACAAAAUUGGGACUAGCAGCGAAAAAAACAAUGAAAACGCAAACGUUUCCAUUUUCAUUACCUCAGUUCACAUCAACAACACAGACAACACCUGAUCAACCAGAGCUUUUAUUAGAGCGAAUGUAUAGAAUUGUGUUUUGUGGUGAUACUGCCGUUGGUAAAAGUACAUUACUCAUGCGAAUAUGUAAAGGAAAAUUUAUUUCAAAUAUGAAUUCAACAUUGGGUGUUGAUGUUCAAAUAAAACAACUUGAAAUUGAUGGAACACGUGCAGCUCUUCAAUUGUGGGAUACAGGCAAAUUUCGAAGUGUAGCAAAAUCUUAUUUUCGUCGAUGUGAUGGUGUAUUCUUAGUAUAUGAUUGUACGUAUGAACGAUCAUUUCUAAAUGUUCGAGAAUGGAUCAAUAUGAUAAGUGAGGUAACAACAAAAACAGUUUCUGUCAUGAUUGUUGGGAAUAAAAUAGAUUUAAGAGACGAAGCAAGAAGUGAAGGUCGGACAGUGGUUGAAUACGAAGAUGGUAUGAGACUGAUGAAGGAAUAUGGUGUUUUGUUUAUUGAAACGUCAGCUAAAGAUGGUACAAAUUCAGAUGAAGCUCUUCUUGAAUUAGCAAGGGAUAUGCGUUGUAACGAAGACAUCCAAGUUAUUUCAUCUGGUAUAAAACUUGCUCAAGACAAUCCAAAAUCAACUUGUUGUUCGUGA